AUUCCUGUCUACGGGUCAACUGCCGCUGAGUCACCCUGAGUUCCAGGGUUUUAAUUAUAUCAACGCGAUCAUGAACAUGAUGGGUGGAGAAUGUUGUGGCAAAAUUACCCACCCGCUAAAUCUGUCAUCAGCCUGCAGUCCGCAGAUUAUGCCGUAUACUAAUUACACAUACGGAUUCAAAGCGAUGAUCGAUUAUAUAUUUUAUUCGUCCUCCAACUUGAUGUGCCUCGGAGUCUACGGCCCCAUUCCGCAAGAAUGGUUCGAUAUGUUUAGUGUAGUGGGCUGUCCGCACCCUUUUGUUCCAUCUGAUCAUUUCCCAGUGAUAGCGGCUUUUCAAUUGACUGCUUAAAUGGAUUUGAUGUAGGAGUUACUCGGUCGACUUUCUAGAUGGGAUAGUCAAGUACGAAAAAAAAUAGUCUGAGAUUAUA